GCCGGGCCAGGCAGGCAGGCAGGCAGGCAGGCAGGGAGGGAGGCCGGUCCCGCGGGCGGAGGCGGGGGCGGCUCCCGGUUCUCCCGCCGCGGCGGCCGAGGGGAGUUUCCAGGAAGUGGCCAUAUUGGAGCCAUUCAGCCGCAGCCACCCGGGCGCAGCGCGUCCCGCAGCCGGCGCGUCCGCGAAGCUGCCCCGCCGCCCGGCGCGGACCUCGCCAUGGCGGCCACCGAGCUGGAGCGCUUCCCGAAUGCAGAGCCUGAACCUCGGCCCCUCUCCCUGGGUGGCCAUGUUGGCUUCGACAGUCUCCCAGACCAGCUGGUCAGCAAGGCAGUCACUCAGGGCUUCAGCUUCAACAUCCUCUGUGUGGGGGAGACGGGCAUCGGCAAGUCCACCCUGAUGAAUACGCUCUUCAACACCACUUUUGAGACCGAGGAGGCCAGUCACCAUGAGGAGUGUGUGCGUCUGCGGCCUCAGACCUAUGACCUUCAGGAGAGCAAUGUGCACCUCAAACUGACCAUCGUGGACGCUGUGGGCUUUGGGGACCAGAUCAACAAGGAUGAGAGUUACAGGCCCAUCGUCGACUACAUCGACACGCAGUUUGAAAACUAUCUGCAGGAAGAGCUGAAGAUCCGCCGCUCGCUCUUCGACUACCAUGACACGAGAAUCCAUGUAUGCCUCUAUUUCAUCACUCCUACUGGCCACUCCCUCAAGUCCCUGGAUCUGGUGACGAUGAAGAAACUCGACAGCAAGGUGAACAUCAUCCCCAUCAUUGCCAAAGCUGACACCAUUUCCAAGAGUGAGCUCCAUAAGUUCAAGAUCAAGAUCAUGGGCGAGUUGGUCAGCAAUGGGGUUCAGAUCUACCAGUUCCCCACUGACGACGAAGCUGUGGCAGAGAUCAACGCAGUCAUGAAUGCCCACCUGCCCUUUGCCGUAGUAGGCAGCACCGAGGAGGUGAAGGUGGGAAACAAGUUGGUCCGAGCACGGCAGUACCCUUGGGGAGUGGUGCAGGUGGAAAAUGAGAAUCACUGUGACUUCGUGAAGCUGCGGGAGAUGCUGAUCCGUGUGAACAUGGAGGACCUCCGGGAGCAGACCCAUAGCCGCCACUAUGAGCUCUACCGGCGCUGCAAGCUGGAGGAGAUGGGCUUUCAGGACAGUGACGGCGACAGCCAGCCCUUCAGCCUACAGGAGACCUAUGAGACCAAGAGGAAGGAGUUCCUGAGUGAGCUGCAGAGGAAGGAGGAAGAAAUGAGGCAGAUGUUUGUCAAUAAAGUGAAGGAGACCGAGCUGGAGUUGAAGGAGAAGGAGAGGGAGCUCCAUGAGAAGUUUGAGCACCUCAAGAAGAUCCACCAGGAGGAGAAGCGCAAGGUGGAGGAAAAGCGACGUGAGCUGGAGGAGGAAAGCAGCACCUUCACCCGCAGGAAGGCCGCCGUGGAGGCGCUGCAGAACCAGGCCUUGCAUGCCACCUCUCAGCAGCCACUGAGGAAGGACAAGGACCGGAAGAACAGAUCAGAUAUAGGAGCACAACAGUCGGGCAUGAGCCUCUCCAACUCUAAAGUGAUGAUGACCAAGGCCAAUGUGGAACCCUUGAACUGCAGCAGCUGGUGGCCCACCAUGCAGUGCUGCAGCUGCCUUGUCAGGGAUGCGACGUGGAGGGAAGGCUUCCUCUGAGGCUGCAGCUUUUUCACUUGGGGCAGGUCCAGGGCUGUCUCAGCGUGGAACUGGGGACAAUGGUUUUUAAUGUUAGAACAGAACCCCCCCCAUUACUUUUCAUAUAUCCAUGACCAAAAGUGCAAACAAUUUCCAUUUUCAUCAGGGAACCUCGAAUGUUGUCCAACCCUUUUCAUUCCCAUGUGCUGCAUCCCCACCCUCCCAUACCCUCCAGGAGGUCUGAAGGCUUAAGGUUCAUUCUGCUGCCAGGCCAAGCUUCAAUCUUGGAGAAAGGAAAAAAAAAAAAAAAAAGCCAGCUUGGUGCUGUAGUCCCGAUUAGCCUGAAGUACCUAGAUAAUGAUGUUUCUAUUUUGAAAAGUGGAAGCAAAAGGGAUGCAGAUUACUGCAGCAGAAGUUACUGUUUCUACUAGACACAGCCCAAAUUCUGCAAUUUGGCAACAGUGGCCAGUUUUCCUAGUGAAACAGCCUUUAGUGAUUUAAUUCUCCAUGCUUCCUAACAGACCAAAACCCAACUGCAUCAUUUCCCAUUGCAUAAUUUUGCCUUACUAACAGAAUCACAUCCUAAAUGAAGGAUGACCGUCAUUCCCUAACAAAACAAGUACAAUCUCAUAGGAUAUUUUUUAAGUGCCAGAUCAAUAUGGUCUAAAGCCUCAAUAAGGAUGGUGUGUAGGUGAAAAAAAGACAGCUAAGUGAAUGUGUGUAUAGUGUAGCAAAAGAUGACAGCCUUUUAUGUACAGUAUUCAUAGAAUGGAAAGUGAAAUAUUUUUGCAGUGUGUCUUUAAAAGAGAAAUUCACCAUUAUAGUGCCGUCUAACAAAAAAACCUUUGUAAAGUUGUUUCUCUGUUCUUGGGAAAUGGGUGUCCGGUGGGACUGUGUUGGUUUGCAGAUGCAUUUUUCUUUCCGUGUGCAUCUCCUUUCUGCGGUGCGUGUGUGCACGCCGGUGUUCCACUGUCCUGUUAUUCCAAAGGCACAGAUGAGUCUGAGGGAGACUCUGCCAACUCCUCAUACUCACUAUGACCAAGAAUUCCAUCGGUGUCCCAGUAUAGCGGUCCCAGUGCAGUUUGUCCAAAAUAGCCAGCUCCAUCGUUAGCAGCUCAUUUGGGGUAUGCUUAGAGUCAUAGUGCUUUAUGAAGUCUUUUACAUGUGGAAUAACCUGUAAAAAAAUAAUAAAGAGGCCAAAGCCCUAUAUCACACCAUGGUA